UAAGCGCCCCCUCAGUUGUCAGCCAUCAUCAAAAAGUUGUUGUCGUUUGUUUUUCCUUGUCAAUGGCUUGAAAUGAUUUCUGGUUUAGAUGUUUAUGCUUAGAUAAUGAGAUAAAGUCUAACUUGUUUCCUAAUUUCAAGGAUUCAUGGAAUAUCGGACUAUUGUUUAUAACGCAGCAAGAGACGGAAAAUUAGGCCGUCUACGUGUCUUCUUAGACCAACGAUCAAGAGAUGAGGUUUCCAUGUUAAUUCACUCAAAAACAAAUGGUGCUACUCCACUUAUUAUGGCCGGUAGAAAUGGACAUCUUGAUGUGGUCAAAUAUCUAGUAGAACAUUGUAAAGCUGAAAUUGAGCAAGUGGGCUCUGUGACUUUUGACGGAGAGACUAUUGAAGGUGCUCCUCCGCUGUGGUGUGCAGCGGCAGCAGGGCACCUCAAUAUUGUAAAAUAUUUGGUGGAGCAUGGUGCCAAUGUCAAUAAAACUACCUUUACCAAUUCAACACCACUGAGAGCAGCUUGUUUCGAUGGGCAUUUCGCUAUAGUUAAAUAUUUAGUGGAACAAAAAGCUGACAUUGAAAUAGCCAAUCGGCAUGGUCAUACCUGCCUAAUGAUAUCAUGUUAUAAAAAGCAUUUACAAAUAGUUGAAUAUUUGCUGAAGCUCAAAGCUCAGGUCAACAGGAAAAGUAUAAAAGGUAACACUGCUCUUCAUGAUUGUGCAGAGUCUGGCAGUCUGGAGAUAAUGAAACUUUUACUGAAGCAUGGUGCUGUCAUGGUUAAAGACCACUACCAGAUGACCCCACUAAUGGCAGCCGCAGUAGCUGGCUUUCACCAGAUUGUAGAGUACCUCAUCUCUCGUGCUGAAUGCUCUCGGUUAGAGAAAAUUGAAGCUCUAGAGCUCUUGGGUGCAACAUAUAUAGAUAGAAAGCGAGAUAAUCUAGCAGCCCUAGAAGUCUGGCAUAGAGCCUUGAAACUUCGGUUUGAAGAUGGGCAAAAGCCUUUGCCUAAACCUAAAAAUGUGAAACCUGUUGAAGCUUAUGAAUUUGCCGUAGAGGCUCAUUCGAGCAGCAUGCUAGAUGAAAUAGUGUCAGAUCCAGAUGAAAUGAGGAUGCAAGCUCUGUUGGUACGAGAAAGAAUCCUAGGGCCUGCACAUCCAGACACUUCAUACUAUAUCCGUUAUCGUGGGGCUCUGUAUGCGGACAUGGGCAACUUCGACCGCUGUAUUUCUCUGUGGAUGUAUGCAUUAGAAAUGCAGCAGAGUGCUCUGGAGCCAGUCAGCCCUAUGACUCAAUCCAGUUUCUUGUCUUUUGCUGAAUUGUUUUCCUUCAUGACCUCAGAGUGGAGAGGAAAGGACUUAUUUUCUUGUCUCAAGUUUCAGAACAUUAUGGCUGUUUUGCAGCGGGCAGUGGAAGAAGUACAACGAGCCAUCGCUUGUGGAAAAACCCAGAAAACAGUCACAGGGGAUGCAGAAAACCGAAACCUCUCUAACCUUAAAAGGCUAAUGGUCAUUGUGUUACAUUUGCUGUGUCUAAUGACCAGGCUAGAACUGUUAUUGUCAGUGGAUGACAAGCUAGAUUUUAGAAAAAUUGUGUACCGUUUAGUUCGUAUGGCUCCCUUGGGAAUAAAGAGGAGCACCCUCUUACAUCUUGCAUGCACGCGGGACACAACAGACGUUGGACGAUAUCCUAUAUGUAAAUUUCCUAGUCUAGACGUCAUCAACCUUCUUAUCGAGGUUGGAGCAGACACAAAUGCCCUGGAUGAGGACGGCAACUCCCCACUUCAUAUUGCUGCUAAAGAUAUGCCGCUGGAUCGGCAGGUGAUCAAGGUGCUGGUGGAGAGUGGCAGCCACAUAGAUGCUUGCAACAACAGAGGCGACACAGCCCGGGAGCUGUUACAGACUGUACCAUUACAUAGUAUUGUCCCACCUCUCAAGUUCAUGACCCUUCAAUGUCUUGCGAGCAGGGAGAUUGUCAAAAACAGAAUUCCCUACAAAGGGGUCAUCGGCCUGGAACUGGAGAAGACAGUAGAGUUGCACCUUUGUAAAUUUGAUACCAUGAAAUCUAAAAUGGAAGAAAACCUGUGGCCUAGAGAACAUGAAAAAUGAUAAUUGUAGCUACUUUAGAUCUAUUUAUUUUUAACUAUGAAAUGAAGAAAAAGUUUAUUAUCUGUUUGACCUCACUACUUUGUUUUAAUGCAUUAGUUGCUCAUGUAGAUACGAGAAAUUUAUUUAGCUUAAACAGUUCUUAUUUUGCAAGAACUUUUUUUUUCUCAUAAUACAGACUUUCAUAAUACAGCAUUAAGUAUUACAUUCAUUUUGAAUUUUUGUUUUGGUCUACUUUGUAAAUGUGAGAAAAACUUAAGAAAGAAUACUAUAUAGCUGGCAUUUAUAUAUUUUUCAUCAGUUUAAAAACCAAUGUUUUGUUCUAAUAGUAUUUUCAUUAAUUUUUUUUUUUUUUUUUUGCUGCUCUUCUUUUUUAAUUAUGUUAAAACCUAAGUUUGCUAAUAUUAGCUUGCGCAUGGUAUGAGGCCAGACUCAUAAAUAACUAAACUUUCUAAACUAAGAAAUGUGAUAAAUGUACAUUUUUUUCUCUCACUUAAACUGAUUUUUUAGUACCGGUAUUUGAAUGCAUGUGUUUGAGUGCAUCUCUAUAGAUUUAAAUGUUUGUUUUGUUUGUAAUAUGGUAGUUUUCUUAAAUAAUGCUUUGUUAAAUAUGCAUGGAGUUGUUGUUGUUUUUUUCACCAUUUUUUGUUUUUAUUUUACACAUUGGCAUCAUAAUAACCAAUUUAAUAGAUAUGUGUUGUUGUUUUUUUUCUAAUAUACCAAUACCGGUAAUUUUGGGAGUUAUUUAAUAUUAGACCUUCAAAAGUCUAAAAAUCUGCAAAACUUUGUUCUGGAGACUUAAAUAAAACUUCAGUUUACAAUGAACUGUUCACAACGGAAUUGUCCAUUUUAUUUAAUUCUAACAGAUUUUAGUUAGACUCACAGUACCGGUAGUGAAUAUAUAUAUUUUAUUGUGAAAGAUGAUAGUCUAAUAGCCCAGAAAUAAUACCUUUAUAUUUUAAGCCAGUCCAUGCCAGAAUUUCUGUUUAAUUUAAUAAUAAAUAAAAAAACAAACUAAAUGUACUUUUUGAAAUCGUAGUUUCAUUCUUCUCAGUUUUUCAAGCUAGGUAACCUAAGGUAAAAAGUAGUUUUUCACAGAAUUGCUGGACAUUCAACUUAUUUAAACAUAAUCAUUGGUAUAAUAAACUCAAAAAGCAAUGACUAAGCUUAUCUUAUGAGAAUUUCUGUUUCAAAUUAAUUAGUGUAAAAGGAUAAUGUGCCUGUCAUCAAUUGAUUACAGUACUGGUUGUACUGGGCAGUUAGCUUUUGUCUAAAUACUUAUCACAAUACUGACAAUAUUGUAGGUGAUGCUAUUUUGGGAUAUGACUCCAUAUAUAUUUAUAUACAUAUAUAAAUAGCCCAUUCUUAUAUGUGGGUAAAAGUAAUGUCUAAUAUAUGAGGAAAACAUUGAAUGCACUAGUGAAUUUAAAUGUAAACUAAACUUUAAGGUUUCAUUUGUGUAUACAAAUCGGCCAUACUAAUCAUUUUUUUAUCUGUCUUUAAGCCCCACCUCGUAAAUCGACACUCCCUAACAGUCCAAGACAGGUUUAAAUUAAGUUAAUAACUUAGUAAAUGUUUAGAUGUUUGUUUUGUUUUUUGUUUAAAUAGCCAUAGAUCUACAUUAUCUUUUAUUUAUUUACUUGGUAAAAAACCUAGACUGACAUUUCAUACCUUUUCUUAAUUUAUAAUUUAAUCUUGUCAAGCAUUUAUCUAUCCUUAUAUUACAUUUUUAUAUAAUUUAUUUAUAAUUAAUUAUUUCUUAAUUUUUUAAACUUAUUUUUGUUUAUAAUGUUUUCAAAUUUCUAGAGUAUAUUUUUAUUUUGCUUUAAAGACCAUUCACAAAGUUAAGUAUGGUCAUUUGCUCUUUCAUAACAAAAUCUCUCGCCAGUUCUUUAUCAUUUUUACUAACACAGCAAGAAAUGUAGUCAAUUUAUUCAUUAACUAGUUUUAUUAAGUGAUUUUGGCUUAAUUUAUUUUGUACUAAAAGUCUAAUAAUACAACAGCCUUAUCAAUAUUGAUAUUAUUUAGCAAUUUCAAACAUGCAAAUCUUUUGUAGCUAUCAGUUGUCCAUGACAUAGAUUGUAUGCCAAGGGGUGCAAUACUUAUAAAAUGGAGCUAUUUCAACAUAGGAAUGAUAGGAUUAGGGAAUUUUUUUUUUUUGUCCGCCCAGGGGAUUUUUUUGUUUUUCUGUGUCCGCUAACAUAGCAACAACAAGGCAUUAGAAUAUUUCUUACAUUAAAUCUCAACAACUGUUGAAUAAUGCUUUUCGAUUCAAAAGAUCUAUUAUUUUAUCUUGAAAAAAAAAUCAAAUUAACCUUCUUUUUUUUUUCCUGAUUCUAUUUAAUUCAUUUAAUUUACUUGUUUAUAUUUUGAAACAAUGUAUGAUAACAAAUGUCAAGUAGACACUUAAGGAAGGUAUUUUUAUAAAUGAUUUGUUUCAGUAUUUUUUUUUUUGUGUGGUUCUAAUGUUGUAUUUACAAGUUUGAGGUGGCUUAUAGUUAGUAACACUGGUACAUUUAGUUGUACUGAUGGACUGCUUUUCCUGAUAUUUUGUGUUAUAACUUGAAUGUGUGAUCAUCAUCUUUUUAUUAUUACCAAAAUUUUUGCAAAUGUCAUAAAAAAUGACCUAGGUGUCCUAGAUAUAUGUCUGUUUCUUUUAUGAAAUAGCUUUAUCUUUGAAUUAUUAGAAUGUUUUUUCUUUCAUAUUGUAGUUGGAAGUUUCAUGAUUUCAGCCAUUGCCACAAUUUGGGAUUAAUUUUAAUAAGUGGUUGGAGGAGGCAGAAAACAUUCGUCUAGAAUGUCACCUAGAUUUAAUCAAAGCUAGGUCAUCUUCUUGUCUGCCCUUGACUAAUCUGAAUCAUAUACUUUUAUUUCUAUGAUGUUAUUAAGUUUGUGAUAGUUAUACAUUUGUUUAUUUCAUUUUAAGAAAGAGCACAAUUGUAUCUUAGGGUGAUGAUAGUGUUGCCAUAGAAACAUGUUUAUUCAGCAACUAUUGUGAAUAAAUCAAUCAUAGAUGUAAACUAAACUAUCGAUUCAAUUGGAGAAUGAUUUAAAAAACCUGUGUUUUAGAUUGAUUUCAUGAGGAUUGUUUGUAGUUGGUGACUAUCUAGCAACUUGUUGUUACAUUUGAUUAGAGAAAAAGAUUGAAAUGAUGUUGCAUUAAAGAAAAACAAACAGCAAUAUAAGUGUUUGUCUUUGUCUGAUGUUAAUGAAAUAAAAACAUAAUUGUGAUUUUCAAAUUUCAAAUGCUUUCAAAUAAAUAAAAAAUGAAAUUUAUUUAUUUCCUGACAUUUUUUUUUGGUUUUGUUUUUGAAAGUUUGUAAUUUUGUUUUUCAUUUUAUUUUAAUUGUGUGUGUGUGUGUUUUCUUCUCAAAUUAUUGCGAUACAAAUUUGUGCAAUGGUUUAAUAAAAUGAAUUUGUUUUAUAAAUGAGUAGACAAAAUUUAAAGUUUCCUUUUUUUAAAAAUCAAGUUUCAAAGGCUCUCAGUUUAACGUACAAAGUGAAUACGGAACAACAAACAUUUUGUACUGGAAAUCAUUUUUUCCUUUAAAAUUUAGAAACCAGAAUUUUUUUUUUACAGUAUAAUCAACUCUGUAGAGUAAGUUUCCUUAUCAUAAUUAGAUUGUAAUUUUAAAUUAUUGCCAGAAAAGAACUAUUUUAUAAACAAAUAAGUAAUGAGUGUGGUUUAACUUUGAAGUAUAAGAAAAUGUAAAAAUGAUUAAACUUUAAAAUAAAACAAACUUUAAGACGUCAUCUACUAUUUUUACAUUUAAAAGCGAACUACUUCACUUCUGACUUUUUCUUAACAUGUCACUAUAGGAAAUAAAUAAAAAAAAUUCCCUAUAGAUCUAGUAGCUUUCUUUUCAAUUUUACAGUAAGGAAAUAACUUCUUAUAGCAUUAUAUAAUCUGUGCUAUCUGCCAAUAAUUGUUUUCAUGAUCAAAUGUUUGUGUUUCUUAUGUUCUGGUUAACAAUCAAUUGAAGUUUUUACAAAUGUGUUGUUGGUUUUUUGUUUAUCACUUUUGAUAAUGUUCUGUUCUUUGUAUGCUUUCAUAAUAGUAAAGUAUAUUAAAUUCUGUACUUGUUUCAACUCAGAAAGCAACAGAGUUUUCCUUCCUUGCUCUAUCCCCUACUGUGUGAUGAAUUGUAUAGCAUUGAGUGGCAUUCAGCAUUGCAAGGUUGAAAUGAAUCCAUUGUCAUCAGAGAUCAUUUAGCUCAUCUUAACAUGUAACAAGUAAUAAUGAUGUAUCAUGUAUGACAUCAGUGUAAUGAUGUCUCCACAUGGACUUUGUGGAGACCAAUUUGUAAUUUAAGUGACAACCCUCUAGUGUUUGGUUUUAUUUUUUUGCUCGAAUUCUGAAUUUUUCCCUUUCAUGCAAUUAUGAAAAUUAAAUGUAUUUUAAACACUAGCA